AUGUUAUCGAAUAAAGUAGCUCCAAGAUGUGGUACGAUUAUCCAACGAGCAAAUCGACAUUCCAAUCACCCAAUUGCCUUCCAGAAAAGAAGUAUUGGAGGCUCCAGUGGUGCCCGAGUUGCAGUUGCAAGUAGAUCUUUGGGAUCACAGAGAGCUGCGUUAUUGUUAUCAGUGACAAUAUGCGCUGGAGGCCUAUAUGCGUCGGGUUAUCCACCAGCUCUACACGCAGAAGAGAUUCCUACUCCGGCGGAGCUGCAAUUCGAAAAGAAGAGGAAGAACACCAGCACAAAAGAAGAGAAUCGAGACCAAAUAAGCUCACAACAUUUGCAAGUGAAGAGGAGUUGGGAGAAUCCAGGAGUAUAUGCAUGGGGAUCAAAUACGGGCCGAGUUGUUGCACCCGAAUCUGACGAAGUUAAUAUCAAGACACCAAGACGAAUACCAUAUUUUGAUGGAAAGAUUAUUCGAGAUCUUAAGUUAGACCGUAACUUUGCGGCAGCAAUUACUGAGAACGGUGAUCUGCUGCAAUGGGGCAUAGGAUACUCGCCAGAUUGUAAGGAGCCUACAUCAACACUGAAAGGGAGAGAUCUUGUCAAGUUAGCUAUAUCAAAAGAUCGCAUCAUAGCACUGUCGUCAAAAGGCACGGUGUACUCAAUUUCAGCCUCAAAGGCAGAUCAGGAAUUAGAGCCAAAGCCAAAAGAAAGCUCUUGGAUACCAUUUUGGAGCAGUCAAUCUCAAAUAGGUUAUCGGACAAUGAACCCAGAUAAUUUGGUUUGGGGAGAAAAGGUGUCUGAUAUUAGCAGCGGUCUUGAGCAUUGCCUUCUUCUCACUUCCAAAGGUCGCCUCUUCUCUGCCGCAUCCGGUUCUGAAGACUACCCUACCAAAGGGCAGCUCGGUGUCCCUGGUUUAACGUGGAUAUCGCGACCCUCCGGAAGAUACGACCAACCUCAUCACAUAAGUACACUUCAAGGAUUCGAUAUCGCAAAAAUUGCUACCGGUGACUACCACUCCCUGGCAGUCGAUACACAAGGACGAGUCUUUAGUUUUGGUGAUAACUCCGUUGGUCAACUUGGCUUUGAAUACAAUUCCGAAUCAUCUACCAUUGAUGCUCCCUCCCUAGUCCCUAUCGACCGGCUCUACAAAGGCACAAAUCUGCUUCCUCGGGUAACAGGCGUCUUCGCAGGUGGAGUCAACACAUUCUUCACCGUCGACGCUACCCGAGUCGCUGGCCAAUCUGAAGAAGCACCUCCCUUGGAUCUAGGUCGCAUCACCGCCGACACUUGGGCCUGCGGACAAGGAAUCUACGGCACCCUUGGAAACGGCCGCUGGACACACGUUCAAGGCAUCCCCUCCAAAAUGAAAGCUCUUUCUGGCCUCUUCGAAUAUGACGAAGCCGCACAAACCGUAAUCCCUAUCCGACUUUCCAGCCUCUCAAUCGGCAGCACUCACGCCUCUGCCGUGAUGAACAAUGUGACAAAUGUAAACGCCACUUCUAAAUCCAGUUCAAAUGACACGAAUUGGGGUGCUGAUGUAUUAUGGUGGGGCGGAAAUGAGCACUAUCAACUAGGCACAGGAAGAAGAAAUAAUGUUAGUCAGCCGGUAUAUAUACAACCACUGGAUUUGGCGGCGGAUAGGGAGAAAGGAAGGAGGGAGGAACAUCGCUUCCAGAUUACGCCGAGGAAGACGGUGAAGAUUGGAGGAAGAAAUAUGGGUUGA